UGCUACAUGUACGCACUCGGAACUGGGUUUAAGUCGCACCAUUUUAAUGCCUGUCUGUUUAUUCGUCGAGUUGAACUUGACGUGCAUAAGUUACGAACAACACAUUUCCACCUUUCACCCGUGGGUUGACUGGGUCGUCAAACAUAAUUUAAACAUGAUUUUAACUCGAAAGUGACUGGUUCCCGCCCAUGUUCAUGUUUGUGCCAUGACGGGUUGCCUCCCUACAAGGACGCUCAAAGAAACCUCUCUGUGGGGAAGGGGAGGAGAGAAAAAAGAGGAGGAGAGACUAGCAGCAGCAACGACGACAAACAGAUUGGGCAAAGGACUGAAAGCACCACUUUGGAACCGACAACCUGCUUUUCUACUCUUUCUUUGGGAUUUAAAUUCACGCUUUUCCAAGGAAAGCCUGGGAGGGAUUUGGGAAGUGUGACCUCAUUUCUUUCUCCAUUUCUCCACCAAUCACAAUGUCUGCUCCAGGCUAUCUAGGCUCUCCGAAUCAUCCUCCUUACCCACAACCCGGCCAGUCCGCGCCCCCUUACCCUGUUCCGGCUGGGGGAUAUCCUGGAGACCCCAGUCAGGCUCCCCCACCAGGCUUCAACAUGGGCCAUCACCAGGACCAGCCUCCUGUCAUGUAUCAACCGGGCCCUGCUCCAGGUCCAGGACCGGACUAUGGCGGCCAGCCAAUGGGAAUGUCUCCAGCUCCGGCUCCAGUCGGCGUCCCGCCCGGGCUCGAGUACCUAACACAGAUAGACCAGAUCCUGAUCCAUCAGAAAGUUGAGCUCCUGGAAGCUUUCAUUGGGUUUGAGACGAACAACCAGUACGAGAUCAAAAACAGUCUGGGCCAGAAGAUCUACAAGGCCAAGGAGAAGAACGACUGCUGCACCAGGAACUGCUGCGGCUCUCUGCGCAGCUUCGACAUGAAGAUCAAGGACAACAUGGACCGGGAGGUCAUCCGCCUCAUCCGGCCCUUCCGAUGCGUCUCCUGCUGGUGUCCCUGCUGCCUGCAGGAGAUGGAGGUCCAGGCGCCGCCGGGAACCACCGUAGGGUUCGUCAAACAGGACUGGCAUCCUUUCCUGCCAAAGUUCUCCAUCCAGGGACCAGAGGGACAGACGCUGCUGAAACUGGAGGGGCCCUGCUUCGCCUGCAACUGCUGUGGGGAUGUCAACUUUGAGCUGACAAGUAAAGAUGGCGGACAGUCCAUUGGUCGGAUCAGCAAGCAGUGGAGCGGCCUCUUGAAGGAAGUCUUCACAGACACGGACAACUUCGGCAUCCAGUUCCCAAUGGACCUGGACGUGAAGAUGAAGGCCGUCCUCAUGGGCGCCUGCUUCCUCAUUGACUUCAUGUUCUUCGAGAAAGUGGGCGAGGCGAACCAACGCAGCUCUGUGUUUUCGUAACCGAGUGCCUGAGUCCACCCCCGUUGUCCAGCGCCUGUCUUGGUUUCUUCAACAGACGUUCCGGCGUUCAUUUAUAAAGCAAGAUCAAAUUGGCUCCAGUCCAAUUUGAUCUUACUUGGAAGGAUGUUGAUGUUCCCCACACUCCGUAGAGUUUUUACAUGUUCAUUUAAUUUGUGAUGAAACUUUAAAAAUAGAAAAAACUCCACCUGUCUUCUACUUAGCUCAGCAUACUGUUGAAUGUGCUUUCUGCUGCCAUCUCUCUCUCUUUGUGCUUUUUCUUGUUGAAAUUUGUCAAUAUAUAUUUUACAAUCAGUGAUAUCGUUGCCAUGCUCAUGAGGCAUUCAUAUUAGACAUAGUGUAAGUGCAAUAUCCUUUCGGAUGCAGAAGGCGUAUAUUAAUCACUUUGUUUUUAAAGUCAUGGCAGCAUGUCACUGAUGCCAUAGUCUGCAUUUUGUACAAAUCACUUCAGCUCUGCAUGUUUGGUUCAGUUAUGAUCCAAUAUUCAUAGAACUAACACUUUUUUUAUUUACCUUUUUUAUUAUGUAGGUUACUUACACAGAUACUAUCCUGUAAAAACGUGUUGUAGUCCGAUGUAGAAUGUUAUAACCAAUCUACCUGCUCACUAUUGCAUUAUUCGUUUAGCUACUUUUUAACCAAAGCAACAUGGAGGAAAGCCAAAAAAGACCUCGGUGUCACUUCUUAGUUUUGGCUUUUAUGUGAAGCUACUUUUGAAAGUUUGCAUCAUUUAACUUGAUAAGGAAGUUGUCUUGUUGCUAGUCUGAUUAAAAACGGGAAAAGAAACCUCGAGUUGUUGCAUGCUGAGAGGAUUUACCGAAGCUGUCAUUUCCCUUGCUUGCUUCACUGUUCUAAGUUGAAACCAACGACACUCUACAGGCUGUGGUGCGAGAUAAAACUGCAACGACUGUAAAGUGAGCGAUAGCGUGCCCGUUUAGCGUUUGCCAUGGAAACGGCGCGAGCAGCUGAACUUUACCCUGCAGGUUUCCCUCAGUUUCCCUGUGAUUGCACGGCGUAAAAGUGAAUUAAACAGGAUGACGACAAAUUGUUGUGCGGCACGAAUAGGAAGCUAAAGAAGGAAGAAAAAAGCUGUGGUUCGUGACCUCAUGGGGUUUUGUCGAAGUUG